AGUUGUCCCUCGUACUCUGAACUUCUAAGCAAUGGCUCGUACCAAGCAAACCGCGCGUAAAUCCACCGGUGGAAAGGCACCGAGGAAACAACUCGCCACCAAGGCCGCUCGUAAGAGUGCGCCUGCAACCGGUGGAGUGAAGAAGCCCCAUCGCUACAGGCCCGGAACCGUUGCUCUCCGUGAGAUCCGUCGCUACCAGAAGAGCACCGAGCUCCUCAUCCGCAAACUGCCCUUCCAACGCUUGGUCCGUGAAAUCGCUCAGGACUUCAAGACCGACCUGCGCUUCCAGAGCUCCGCCGUGAUGGCCCUCCAGGAGGCCAGCGAGGCCUACCUCGUCGGUCUCUUCGAAGACACCAACUUUUUAUUCUCUGUGAAAAUGACUGGUCGCGGUAAGGGAGGAAAGGGAUUGGGAAAAGGAGGAGCAAAGCGCCAUCGCAAAGUGUUGCGUGAUAACAUCCAAGGUAUCACCAAGCCCGCCAUCCGUCGUCUGGCUCGUCGAGGUGGAGUGAAACGUAUCUCAGGAUUGAUUUACGAAGAGACCCGUGGUGUCUUGAAAGUGUUCCUUGAGAACGUGAUCCGUGACGCCGUCACUUACACCGAACACGCCAAGAGGAAGACCGUCACCGCUAUGGAUGUCGUUUAUGCUCUCAAACGUCAAGGCCGUACUCUCUACGGUUUCGGCGGUUAAUUUUUCCAUCAUCGUCAUCAUCAACAAACAAUCGGCCCUUUUCAG